AUAUGCGUUCUUAUGAUGGUAGACAAGGAAUGUAAGGACAUCGCGAUGAUUCUCCUGUCUCUUGGCGUAUUAGCAGGCUUUGGCUUCCUGUACCUGCUAUUUCAGUAUCUCAGGCAUAUCUGGAAACUUAGGGACUACCCACCUGGACCCUUUCCACUCCCGAUCAUAGGAAACCUGUACCAGCUCAAAGACUCCAAUUUCAUGACCUUGAAAUCCUUGGCAAAGAAAUAUGGUGAUGUUUUAAGCGUGAGCUUGGGACACAAGAGAGUUGUGGUCGUUAACGCCGUCGAGCCUGCACGUGAAGCCCUGACCAAGAAGAGCGUCGAAUUUGCUGGUCGUCCGCAAGACAUUUUUACCGCUGGGCAAAUCACGCGCGGCUUCAAGGAUAUUGCCUUUGCCGAUUAUGGACCAGUAUGGCAAUCAAUAAGGAAGUUGGCACAUACAUCUUUAAAACUGUAUGGAACAGGCAUGGAAAAGAUGGAAGACUUCAUUCAGGCAGAAGCCGAUGAUCUGUGUGAUAGAAUUGCCAAAGCAAACGGAGCACCAAUAGACCCACAUCAAAAUUUGGCCCUGGCAGUGAUCAACAUCAUCUGCUCGUUGGUCUUUGGCAAGCGAUAUAACAAAGACGAUCCAGAAUUCCUCAACGUUGUUAAAUACAACACCCUCAUCGCCCAAGGCUUCAACCAUACCAAACCAGUUGGUUUCCUGCCAUGGCUACGCUUCUUCCCCAAUGAAGGCUAUAAUAAGAUUGAUAUGGGCAUUGCAAUCCGUGACGUCAUUCUUCGCAAGCAGCUCGAUCUGCACAGGCAGAGCUUCCAGCCGACAAACAUCCGCGACCUAACCGAUGCUUUGAUACUAGAAGCCUCAAAGGAGGAGUCCAAAGAUGUCAAUGAUCGCAAGUUUCCCACAGAUGACCACUUGGAAAUGAUUAUUCAUGACGCAU